AUGCAAAAUUCACUCCGUAUCAAGCUAAAUCCUGCUUAUCUUUGUUUGCCUAGCGAUACGGAAUGGCCCAUAAAUGAAGAGGCAGAAGGGAGUAAGCGUAAUCCUCGGUGGUUACAAGCACAUUUAAACACCUUGGUAGAACUGUAUAGAGAAGAGAAUGACUUGAGCGAUAAAGAAUUCCAAGACAAGUUUAUAAACAUCUUGCCUCCUCACUGGACAGUUUGCUCGCUCACGAUGGAUGUAGACAACAAGGAUCUGUACAUGACGCGACUUAGAACGAAUGAAGAGCCUUUCGUAGUCAAGUUGCCCUUAAAUAGAACAAAGCAUCGUCCCAAUAACACUUACCCACCCACUAUGCAGUACGAGGACGCAUUAUCUGAACUCAGAGAUAUUAUUCAAGCAAGUGAUGAUACGAUACACAACAGUGGCAAUUGUACUCAACCUGCUCAAGUCGAAGCUUGGUGGAGCACACGAAAAGACUUGGACAAUCGAUUAAAGAUACUGCUCGACAACAUUGAGAAUCAAUGGCUAAGUGGAUUCAAGGCUAUGUUGACAGGUCGUUGUCAUGAACAUAAAGAAGAAUUGCGCAAAUUCCAAAAGUCCAUCAACGAAGUCAUAUUUAAAUGCGUGAAUCAAGCGACGGGAACAAAGAAACAAGUGGAGUUAAACUUGACUUUCUGUCGUAUGGUGCUUCGCCUUGGCCAACUUCCUAAUGUACGGGAUAUAGAAGAUGUGAUCUAUUUUUCUUUGGCAUGUUAUGAAGCACAAGGAGUUCCGAUUGAUUACUCUAGAAUAGAUUUGAAAAAACUCAUGGAUCAAAUCCGUCUUUUGAAUUCCCGAUACCAUGAAAAAUCAAACAUGGCUGGCAUUAACGUAACCAAGAAUAUACCCAAUGAUCAUCUCAUUCUUAUCUUGGACAAACAUCUUCAAAUGCUGCCCUUAGAAUCCAUGCCUCUUUUGCGACCUCAGUCUGUCUCUCGCUUACCUUGUCUCUCGUUCUUAAGAGACCGUAUUCUACAUGUUCGUGCUUACAAUGGCCGUACGGCCUUCAAUGAUUUUGGCAUGAUAGCAACGGAUCAAUGGACUGACUUGAGUAUUUCUCAAAAUAAUGCUUAUUAUGUUUUGAACCCUGGCGGUGAUCUCAAAGACACACAAAAUGAAUUCGAAUCUCUGUUUAAAAGUGUGCGUGGUUGGGACGGCGUGAUUCAAAGAAAGCCAUUGGAGUUACAGAUGAAAGAAGCUUUACAGUCCCGCGACUUAUAUAUGUAUUUUGGUCAUAGUGCAGGACAAGCAUUCAUGAGAGGCACAACUGUGAGGCAGCUACCUACAUGUGCCGUAUCAUUAUUGAUGGGCUGUAGUAGUGGUAUUUUAGAAACACAUGGUGAAUUCGAUCCUUAUGGUUACGUAUUGAAUUACUUGUUGGCUGGAAGGUAA